UCAUGCCUUUUUUUCUCGCUUUGCAUUCCAGCCACACCCCCGCAUCGCCGGCCGAUUUCUUGCACUCGUUUUCGCCGUGGUCGCAUUCCUCACCCUUGGCCCCCUUGUCCGUGUCAUUAGAGAGGGAAUCAAACUAUUUGACGCAACACGGAAAACAAUCUCAGGAUCAUCUUACCGCACACUUGUAUAUACAUGAGGCUGCUGUACAUGAAGAGUUUAAUUUUGUACACAUACACCCACGGUGUCUUUGGACUUGGAGCAAUAUAGGUUUUGGAAGUUGUUGAAACUGGGAAUGCGGUAACGUGCUUGGGUAAGAGUGAUAGACUGAAGACGGGGUUCGUUGGGGCUGGAAGCGCACGAAUCAGCAAAACUGGAGAUCGCAAGGAACCUAGGUGGUGUCCAGCACCUGGCUGGGGCCUGGAACUCGUUGGAGAGCCGUCCAGAGAUGAACGAGAGGAGACGACCUUUGUCGGGAUUUCGAGUGGAGGGAAACGAUGAGGAGGUGAUUUGUCCGAAACCGCGGCGACCAACGAACGUGUCGUGUCCUGUAAACGAGUUGAUGAAGCCUCCAAGGCGGCGACGAGGUCAGGCGACGGUGCGAACAGAGGGAGAUGCGGGAUUUGAGUUAUUGGAUAUACUUCUGAGCAAGGGUGGGUGUGGGGACGUAUCGAAUUUUGGGUGUUCGCCGCCGUACUUCUGCGGGUCGCCUCCGAGUCGGUCGGGGAAUCCGCUGAUUCACGACGUGCAGUUCCUGCAGAGAGCUCAGUCGGUUCUGUCGCAUCAGGUGUCGGGUCGCGGGCCGAAGUCUUUCGGCGGGAAUCCGAUGGUGCGAGUGGAGGGGUUUGCGUCGGGCGGUGCGGACUCGCGGUCUCGAGUAUCGGCACUUGCGUGACGGUAGGGUGGGGGUGGAAGUGGAGACGUUGUAGGUAGCGAGAGAGAAAGAGAGAGAGAGAGAGAGAGAGAGAGAGAGUGUGAUAUUGGAGAAGGCGAUGCCAGUGGGAGGGCGAAUAGAUUUUUGGUAAUGAUUUUGUGACGCUCCAAACGCGGUCAGAUGAAGUCGAAGGUGCACACAGCGGAAGCGGUGCUGGGUGUGCACGAGACGGCCCAGAGGAAGUCCGAGGAAUCAGGUUUGACUGAUUUGGAGGUUGGACACGCGCGCAGCGGUGUAGAGGCGUGGUCGAAGGAUCCUGGGGGAGGUGGCUUUUUUUCGAGUUUGGAGAGUAUUUUUCUUUUUAUACUUUUUUUAUAGAAUAUUUUUUCGCAUAGUUAUUUUGGAAGUAUUUUCUUGGUGACUUUUUCUUGAAAAUUGGAAAGAUUUGAUCCCUGUACACAUGACGGAGCAGAUGUAGUGAGACAGUUUAGCGAGCAGCGGCGAGGAAACCAGGAAAUCGGUUGAAAGCGCCAUGAAUUGGUGCGUGGCACAGCCCAGCGUGUUGGGUUGAGUGCAUGGGGAGAGAGAGAGAGAGAGAGAGAGAGAGAGGGGGAAUUUCCGGAUAUAGUUGUUCAAAAUUUUGACGGCGUUUAGUUCUGUACAUACACGCGACCCUGUAAUCUUACUGUAAGCGUUUCCCAUUGGGUGUGUCCAUGUAAUUUACGAGCCCUUUGACGAGGUGCAGCCUGUACUACAACAUUUGUGCAAAUAAAGCGUCCAUUACCUUGA